CACAAAGACCUGCUCCUCUCAGCAAGAAGGUUGCUGGAAACCGGUGGCACACAGCGCACAAAGUAUAGAGUAUGGUGGGACUUCCCUGCUGAACUACGGUCAACGACAUGCCCUGCAAGUUUGACUUUGAUUGUGGCUUUGGGCCGCUCAGUGAGGAAACUGCCUCUGCGUGUGAUUGCGACAAGUGUGAAAGGGGGUGAUGGGAUCAAACUGUCAUGCAGCUUUUUUUUUGCGGUCGCAUCGAGCAGCAAACGGCAGAUGAAACCUGGGCCGUCCGAUAAAAGGUCUGGUCAGGACGAGACGCAGUCGAGACGGCCAGAUAAUCAGUCUGAUGACUACGAUCAGGAUGAGAUGAUUCCUUCCCUGUCUGUCUUAGAGGAGCAGAUGGAGCAAUGGUGGCCGCCGCAGCAGAAGAAGAAGAAGAGAAACCGCAAUCGGACGGAGUAUGAGUUGACGGGAUUCAACUUUGAACUUUGUGCAGAAAAUGGUGAAUGUGCGGAAUUAUGGGCCAAACACGGUGUACAGUCUGAACGGGAUGAUCGUGUUGCGCGAACGAGUUUCAGAACCACAGAAAGAAGGAUGUCCGUGCCGUUGUCAAUGGACUCAAAACACGCUGGAGUAGGGGUGGGGGUAGGGGUAGGGGUAGGGGUAGUUGGUAAGGAGGAUCUUGCUUGGAGGGGCUCUUUUCUGUCUCUCCCUUUGCCCUUUCUGGUUGUGCUAAGCAUUCUGAGUGAAGGACUGGUCUGGCAUGAACCCUCUGGUCUCCUGGCGAAGGCCGAAGUCCUCUGUCACUCAAAUCAGUACCGUUGCGAAGGCGAAGACCAAUGGUGCAUUGACGGGAACAAACGGUGCGAUGCGACAUAUGACUGUCCCGAUGCGUCUGACGAGAACGGCUGUCAUUCGUGUCCCGGCUUCCAUUGCCGGAACAGCAAAUGCAUACCAAGUAAACUGCAGUGCGAUUCUGAGGACAACUGUGGAGAUGGAUCGGAUGAACUCGGUUGCCCUUCCCCAUCUGCUCCCCUACCCUCUUCUUCAUUAUCACAGUCCCCUUCAUCUCUUCCUCCCUCAAGUUCUUUGCAUCCUGAGAUUCUUGAUGGCAAUUCCUCCUCCUCCUCCUCCUCCUCCUCUUCCUCCUGUGCCUCCCCGCCAUCCUCAUCUAGUACCUCAUCCCCCUCAGCAAUCAUGAGCAGCGAGUCGGCAUCAUCAACACCAUCGUCAGCUUCUCCACCCUCCUCUCCCAUAUCUCGUUCACCACCCUCCUCGGUGUCUUCAUCGUCUCCAUCUGGCGAUUCAUCUUCCUCUUCAGUGCUUCAUGCCCUCGUCCCCCCAUCGUCACAACCUUCCCGAGGAGUUUCACCGAAAUGCAACCCUGCAGAAGGUGACCCUUUUGGACAGGUGAGCAUCACAAACUAUUCAGGCCAAGCAUACGAGGGCUCGCCUGGAGAGGCAGCAGGUCAAAGCGCAUCUUCCAGGGCAAACACCGUGAGAUCGUCCGUCGUGGCUGGUAGUCAAGCUGCAGCCUCGGCAGAUCAACCUUAUUAUUAUAGUAAAGGGAGUAAGCUUCCACUCAUCUUAAUAGCCUGUGGAAUGUCAGUACUUGGACUUGUAGUGUGUUCGUGUGUGGUUUGCUUUUACAUUUGGCGAAACCUGGCUCUGCGAGUAGGGAACACGAUUGGCAAGCAAUCUGAAGAGGAUGGUGUCUCGUCAGCGUCUGAUUUUUCUGAUUGAAAUCAAUAUCAAGGUGUAUU